AUGCGGCCUCCUCCGCUCGCCCACGGACAGAUCCGCCAGUGCCCUGCCGCCGGCGACCAGAACCAGCAGGACCGUCGCGUCCAUCUCCUCUUUUUCCUUCCCAUCCUUCUCCUUUCCUCUGUCUUUCUCACCCUCACACAUCUUCUCUCUCUCUUCAGGAGCUCCCCCUGCCGCCUGGAGCUCAAGCCGCCAGCCGUCCAAGGCCUCCCCAGGAACGGAUACGCGACCACGUGCCUCAUCCUCGCACAUGCCAGGCCGCGCCACCGGAGCCCCGCCCGCAGAGGCAGUGCUCCGCCGCCCGCUGCUGUUCUUCGCGUCGCCCCGCGCUCCCGCCGCUGUGAACCGGCUCCCCGCCGCAAGUCCUCGGCAUCGCCAUCCCGCGCUGCCUGUAGUCGCGCCAAGCCUGACUCGCAACCGUGGAGCCCGAGCUCGUCAAGCGCUUCAAAUCCGCCACCGCCCCAUCUUCUUCAGGCGCUCGAGCACGAGCAUGAGCUCGCCAGCGCCCCACCUCUCUCUUCCGCUCCGUCCGCCGCCCGCGGCGCCGGGACCCAUCGCUGCCGCGCCGCCUCCGUCGAUGCAGUCAACGGUCCCAUGCCAUUGACCCCCGCCAGGGGACGACUAUUCCCUACCAUGCGUGCGCGCCCGUGCUCCAGCCCUCCCCUCCCCAUCGUGUCCGGCCUGUGCCUGGACAACGGAAACCCCCGCUGUCCGUGCGCUCCGGCCAGCUCCCCGUCGCGCCCGAGACCUCCUAGAGUCUUCCUGUCGAGGCCUUCGUUGCGACCAGCAUUUCACAUGGGUCUCCUGCCCGCCUUAGCGCGGACGCCCGCCGCGACGCCGGCGGCAAGCGGCGGCGCAUGCCCAGCGGUGGAGAACGGCAGGAUAAGCGGCGAGACGCGUGGUGCUGAGCCAGUCAAUAAGGAAUAA